AGGUUCCUUCUUUCUCUCACUUCUCACCAAAUUACUGUUUGCUUUUCAAUUCCAUUUUCCUCCACAAAAAAUCUCAUCUUUCUUUUAUGAAUUCACGACUUUUAACCCUUCUAGAUCCUCCCUUUUUCUUUAGAAUACAAUCUCUACUCAUUAAGUUGUUUAGAUUCUUUGGAGAGUAAGAAACUAGGUACCAGGCGGUGCAAAUUUGGGAUUAUUUUUAGCCUUCUGGCAUCUCAAUGAUGACAGAAGAAUCAUCAGAGGUCUUGGAAAAACAUGCAAGCUCAGGCUCUCAUGUGAGGGGGAGUAGUGAAUAUGUUAGACUGGUCAUAUCUGAUGAACCAAGGGCUGUUGAAGCUGAAGUCCUGCUGCCUCGAGCAGAACAAAGAAUUAAGUCUUUCUGGUGGUGGAUGAAAUCCUUUUUAUGGUGUGUUGUCAUUGUGAUACUAGCCUUUUGUCUUAUAAAAUGGGGAGUGCCACUUUUUUUUGAAAAGGUUCUUUACCCAAUCAUGGAAUGGGAAGCUACUGCCUUUGGCCGUCCAGUUCUUGCCCUAGUACUCGUUGCUUCUCUGGCAUUUUUCCCAGUGUUCUUAAUCCCUUCUGGCCCCUCCAUGUGGCUGGCUGGGAUGAUUUUUGGUUAUGGCCUUGGCUUUGUUAUAAUAAUGGUUGGAACAACCAUUGGGAUGGUCCUACCUUACCUAAUUGGGCUACUGUUCUGUGACCGCAUUCAUCAAUGGUUAAAGAGAUGGCCACAAAAUGCUGCAAUGAUCAGGCUUGCUGGGGAAGGGAACUGGUCUCGUCAAUUUCAAGUGGUUGCACUGUUUAGGGUUUCUCCUUUUCCCUAUACCAUAUUCAAUUAUGCUGUGGUAGUCACAAACAUGAGGUUUUGGCCCUACUUAUGUGGAUCAGUAGCUGGAAUGGUACCAGAAGCUUUCAUCUAUAUCUACAGUGGUCGGUUAAUAAAGACAUUGGCAGACGCACAGUACGGGAAGCACCACUUGACUACUGUGGAAAUCGUAUACAACAUUAUUUCUUUCAUUAUUGCAAUUAUUACCACUAUUGCCUUCACUGUUUAUGCAAAAAGAACUCUAAAUGAACUCAAAAUGGCAGAGUUGAAUGAGGAAGUUAACUCUGUUUCUGAGAAGGGUUGUUUUGAGAUGGAGAAGCUUCCUCUUGAAAGGCCUAAACAGCUUAUUUUGUCGAAAUUUUCGUGAUAGUGUAUACUUUUUGUUUUGGAUAAUAGUGUAUACUUAUGUGUUCACAAGAUGCUUUAGGAUUACUUUUAUAACAUUUUUCCCUUUCUUUUUUCCCCGUUUACAUCAUGCGCCCUAUGACAAUCCCUGUAACUAGGAUGUGUGAUAGAGAAGAAAAAGACCGAAUGCAGUUAACA